AUGUCAUUGGACAGGGAGGAUCAGACAUUGUCUGCGCGCCUCUGCGCCCUACCGGCCACGGAGCACGCCAUUCUUCUUAACCGUUUCAAGUUUUUAGACCUUGUCCAGCGCGUGGCCGCGGCGGACGUAGCGGAGAUGGUGCAGACAAUCGGUCUGGAGGCUCUCUCGUACAAGGGUGCACUGGAGACGAUUCCAACUAUGCGUGCAGCUGCGGCGGGUGUGACGAGUCCGGCAUCGAUCGAGCGACCCACGCGCCGUGGUUCGUUGCCGCCCCAGCGCGGGCAUGCGCAGGACGCGAGUGCCGCUCCUGAAACGGUUUCCCGACAACGACGUCGGUUUCAGACGCGUGAAAAGGAGUUGCAGUUUGUCAAUCGGCUGUCGCAGCCGCAAACGCAUCGUGACGCACUUGACUUUCAGCUGCGCAAACCUCCGCGCGGUCGGCAGGAUGAGGGGCUUGUGUACACGCGCACAAAGUCUCCCUCGCCGCAUCGCAGCGGGAGGUACGACGGGGCGGCGGCCGCUGCCGCGGGUGAGCUGCGCCAACGGAAGGGCGCCAGGGGGCGUCACGGGCCCAGCGACAACGACAACGACAACGACAACAACAACGACGAUGACGACGAUGUAGUGAUUGACUCGAGCGACGACCGGUGGGCGUUGGGCGGGGGGUCGCCCAAGGUGCGGUUUGCCAGCGACGUCCGGUCUCUGCCGCUGUCGACGCCGCAGCAGGCGUUCGAGCAACCCGCCAGGGAGCCGGGCUUCCGUGACGCGUCUCCCGUCGCCCGCCGGAGGUCGAUUCCGCCUGGGACAGAAGGAAACUUCCCGACGGCAGAGGCAGAAGGCGCCGCCAACGUUGGCGGGGGUGAGAGGACGCGGCGCCAGCUUGAGGCAACAUCUCCAGUGGAGCAGCAGCAACAGCAGCAUCAGCAACAGCAACAGCAACAGCAACGGCGGCAGCAACCGCAGCAACAGACAGAUACCUCGCUGAACCCACUCACGGAAAUUGCGACCCCGCGCACAACGCAGAGCUCUGCCACGCGAUAUCGGGGACAUUUAGCGCCAAAAGCAAAACCAAAGGCGGCGGCGGACGUGCCCCGGGUUCCGAUGGAGGUGAUACGUCACGCCUCUGCACUGUUGAUGGGCAGAGGUGUGGCACACGCACCUGGGCAUAUUCCCUCGCCUUCAGCUGGAGCAGUGGAUCCGCAACAACCACCACACGCUUCCACACAAAGUGCAUCAUGGGAUGCGCAAACCCCCCACUUUCCCUCGGGCACGUCGCAGUCUCUUCUGCAAUCUUCUUCAGCGCGACGUGGUGUCAGAAGAGGUGAGUUAGAAACUCAAACUGGGCAGACACCAAUAUUGGCAAUGCAACGAGCUCUUUCCGACGAGGCGAUUGCGGAACUUGCUUCUGCUGUAGAGCGUAUGCUACAAGACCAUCGAGCUGUGUUGGAUGGAAUUAUGAAGGACAAAGAAAGCCUCCCCUCCGAAGCUGCAACGCCCACUCGCAAGAAGGAAAAGGGUCUGCAUGGGGCUUCUACCGAGGUGGGGGGUGACGGUGUGGGCGGAUCGGCUUCGAGGAUAAAGGGAAAACCUGCAGCGCCACGUGCGGCUCCCACCGCCGAUGAGUCUGCCCGCAUAGUUCAGCAAGCCCACGACGCGCUGGAGGACAUUAGCGAUGAGGAGGACGAGUUGUUGCUGGUAAGCCGCCUCCAGCGCCAAGUGGGUGCGAUGGAUCGCGAACUUGAGGUUAUCGAGCAGCGUGAGCGGCAGAGAUAUGGGGUUAGCGGGGAGGGAAGAGAGGGACAUGAGGAGGACGAAGGUGAACGAUUCUUGCGCCCGACGGAAUCUACCAGGCGCGAUGGCCGCCGCGUGGUAAUUGAUGAACCCAAUAGAACACCUUCCGGAGCUGCUGCAAAACGCGGACGUGGGCGUCGCCACCGUCGUCGCGGUGAAAUUCCACGUGCCAUUGUGGAGCGUCUGCGCUCGUUUCAAAAGGAGAACCUCGAGUACGUUCGCUACACAGAGAAACAGUGGAAUACUUCCCACGUGACGGAGCAAGUGUUUGCGCAGCGACUCACCGAAGCACUCGCCGAAGAUGCGUUCCAAGAGGUGCUUCAGGAAGUUGGCGGCAUCCUUGACACGUACGUUGAGGGUCUGGUGCUGCAUGAGCUGCAGUGA